AUGUCGCUUCCAGUGGAGGCUACUCCUUGUCCUACCAGCGCUGCUAGCAACGAGCUCCUUGAUCUCCGCUCGAACUAUUCAGCAAUCAACCUAGGCGACAGCAACACCACGUCGGAAAUCAGCUUCACAACUGAUUCAAAGAUCUUUUUCCAAGCUGCAGCAGCCAAACGACCGGCCAUUAUGAAGAGACCAAGGAGACCAGGCACAGCGGUCGACUUUGCAGUACAUCAGGAUAAGGGACCAGACAGUCGAGAGCACAACUUAGGCAAAUCCAAAAGAUCGGUUCCUACCGCAGACAAGUUAUCAGUCCUAGCACAACCUGCCCAAAGACUACGUUCAACACUCAGCUUCAAUCCACCAUACCCAGAUCUCGUCCCGUUCCAGACUACGACCACAACGGGCAACUCAGAACAAAGUAUGAUGGCCACAGACAAAGCGACCAAAGUGCAGCCGGUCGUUAAGAAUAGUUUGCAACACGUCCCCAUACGUGGAAGCGAUGUAAGUAUUGAGAGGCGAGCUAGACGCGGAACACUCUACAUACCUCCCGAAGACACCACCAUGCCAACCGUUUGGAUGGGUGUGUUCAGUCCUAUCAAAGAUGUUGGUUUCGGUGACGAGAAUUCAGUUGACGGUGCGUCAACCGAUCUGACAGGUAUUGUGGCUCAGAUGGCAAUGAAACGUGGUCCACGACAGUCAUCAAUCAUGGGAGCUCCACAACGUGCACCUCUUCGUCGAUCUUCCAGGCCACCGCAGGAGACAACGAUCGCUGAAGACAUCCCGGGCCGCUUAACCGGAAAGGAAAAUCUACCUCCUGGGCAUGAAUCUACUGGCAACAAAAAGACGAAGAAGAUACUGGGUGACUCUUCACAGAAACCUCGCCAGACUUCCAGAAAAUCAACAUUUGACAACAUCAAGAAGUCAAAGCCAUAUUCUUACGGUGUGGAAACCAUGUCUUCCAAGGCCAGCUGCUCACCACAAUCUACUCAAACCGGAGAGCUGUACAAGCUUCAGACACAAGUUGGUAGUAUCGUCUCAGAGCAUGAUGUCAACCGCAACUUCGCCCGCCUUCGACUCAAUGCAGGAGAACAGGGGGUUGUGCGUAUUGCGCGCUCAAAUGAGGUGCUGAAAAAUUCUCCACAGCUCUCGUCCGCAGAUAGGAUUGAGAAGCUUUCUACGAAAAUCAUAGUACCCAAAGUCGUCAAACCCCUGCUUGAUCAGAAGUAUCCCGUUCUAUUCGAGGACAUUCAGUCUCUAUCCUUGUACAAGAACAACUGGCUGGAUCAUGAAGAGAUUGCCGUCACCCAGCGGAUGAAUGAGCUGUUUGUUGCUGCUAAUGGCCCUGCUGAUGUUGGAAAUCCUUUCACGAAACGAUCGCAGCUAUUCGUCAUGUACCAAGACCAGUCAUUUGUGUUGCUGCACAAGCGUCUUCAAGCAUCUCUGCUCUACGGUGCUCUUGCUCUGCCCAAGGAGACAUUGAUGAAGUCUUCCAGAUUAUCCGAAGAUCUUGGCAUGAAACAGCAUUUCCUCAAUCUCUGGUUGAACACCUACGACCUACAGAUUCUCCAAGUCUGUGCAGAAGUUGUCAUUGGCCGCGAAUACUCUGACAACCCAAAGACCGAGUGUAAUGCUCAGGCCAACUCUUGCUCGACCCAGAAGGCUGUGUCCAAGCUGUCACAAUUCCUGGAGAUAUUCCUGAUCCGCAAUGAAGAUGCAACUCCCUCUGACGACGAAAAUUCAGAUGUAGGCACAACUGGCAUCCAACACACUCUCCUCCGCAGCCUGAUGCUCAUCAAACUCCUGGACACCGCCAAGACCUCCUCCUCGCAGCCCCUAUUGUCUGGUUGUCUCUUCCAGCCUUCCUCCCAACACAAGAGCUCCACCGCCGUGAUCCAAGCCCUGGCGCAGCUACUCAACCCUGCAGCAGGCAACAUCGUCCGAUCACUCAACCACCUCAACUACACCGUCAGCCACAUUCAGUGCCCCCUUGAAGAAUACGACUACCACAUCACCAACCUGGCCGUCGAUCUCCGUGAUGGAGUCCGCCUGACACGUUUAGUUGAGCACCUCCUUUUCCAAACCUCCUCCCAAGCUGCCGGCGAAGAGAAACACUGGCCACUAUCAGCACACCUCAAGUUCCCAUGCUUGGGCCGCGCGACGAAGCUGUACAAUGUCCAGAUCGCCCUGGAUGCGCUGAAAGGUAUCAGCAAGGAACUGGUGGAGGAUGUCAAGGCGGAUGACAUCGUGGACGGGUUUCGCGAGAAGACUGUUGCUCUGUUGUCGGGUCUUGUUGGCAAUUGA